AUAAUGGAUUAUUACCUCCAUCGCGAGAAUGUUCAACUAGUCCAAGGAAAACUUGAAGUCUAUGAGAUUUCGUUGCUUUAUAUCAAAGAAAUGGCACUUCUUGUACUGAACGUGUUGAACAACAUUACAUUUGUUUCACUUUUUAUUUAUAACCGUCGACGGAAAUCUCAACCAAACUCGUACAAAUCCGAGUUUCAUACUUUGAUAUUCAAUCAAAUGUAUUAUGUUUCCGGUGGCUCCUUGGUAUUUUACGAUAUUAUUUUUGUUUUGCGACUUGUUGGAGAACACAAAGAAGAUACAAUGUCGGAAAGCUUGCUGGUUUACAUGGGCGUGUAUGCUGUAUUUGUGUGCAAUUUUGUGUAUGGAUGUAUUAUAAUGUUUUCGUUUUUGGCUGCGGUACAACGAUUUGUGAUUCUGUACAUACCAAAGUACAAAUCGCUAGUGACGGGGUU